AGAACGCGAAAGCGCCCAGUUCCGUGUUUCGCGCCGCGGCCGCCGACCAGUGUUGCUGUUGCUGUUCCGCUCGCACUCACAACCGCACACACACUCGCUGCGGAGCGAGCGAGAGAGGCAGACAUUUACGCAGAACAUGUUUUCGCAAUAGUGUUGGUGUGACGUUUGUUAUUGUUGUUAUUGUUUCCAUCGCUUAGGGCCGUUAAUAAAAGAUAAAUAAGUGAAUAAUUGAAUUAUAAAUAUAGGGGCCACAACCACACACUCGGCGGCGGAUUACACACAUAGAUAAAUUUAUUGCACCCUACCCUGAAAUGUGCUAAUUAUAUAAAAAAGUAAAUAGGCGUACGUAUCGGCAAGCAACAGUUCUGCUCGGCAAAUCGGGGAAUCUUGAAAUCGAAAUCAGAAGCACUGAUUCCAAUUUCUCUCGCCUUUUCGAACGCCCCUAUUAGUCAUUCCUGCCGAAAAGAGGAAAGGAAUGUCGGGCGUCUGGGGACGGGAGUGCGAGGCCCGACUGCGCCCUGCCCCUUGGCCCUAACCAACAUUACGUAUACGCAACGAGCAUAACAAAAACAAAACGGCGAUUGUUGUGAAACCUGUUCCCUUCUGUCGCCGUAUGCAGCUUGCAGCUCAGCAGAAGGCAAAAAGCUCGUCGCGAUACCAAAAUAAAUCUUGUGUGCGCCAAAAAGUGAAAACCGAGCAAAAAGAACGCAGAAGGCUGAAAGAAUAGAGGAAAUUCCUCUCGGCCAACCCGUUUUGUGCAGUUAAAACCGCCAAAAGCGGCCAGUAACUCCCUCCUUAAUUCCUUUAUAACCCCGCAAUUUAUUGUUCAAUUUAGUUCGAGAGGCGUGCACGAAAUUAACACAAACCCCAAACGUAAACAGAGGAAGAGGAGUCGGGGUGAAUAAAAGAGUAUAAAAGGCAGUCGAAACCCAAAUCCAAAUCCGCAGCGCAGUCAAAAUGGCCGAGUCAACAACCACAUCGCCAUCGGUGACGAGCGAAGAUGGCCAAAUCCACGGCUGCAAUAACAGUGAUAACGACUCUGGCGACUCGUGUCACCUGCGAAUCGUGGUGCUCAGCGGCCAGUCGCUGGCCAAAAAGGAUAUAUUCGGCGCCAGCGACCCGUAUGUCAGAAUCGAUUUGAACACAAUCAACGGUGAUAUAAACAUUGACUCUGUUUUGACGAAGACCAAAAAGAAGACACUGAACCCAAUCUGGAACGAAGAGUUCAUAUUCAGAGUUAAACCGUCUGAGCAUAAGCUGGUGUUCCAAGUAUUUGACGAGAAUCGCCUGACACGCGACGACUUCCUGGGCAUGGUGGAGCUGACCCUGGUGAACCUGCCCACGGAGCAGGAGGGCCGCACCAUCGGAGACCAAAGCUACACUCUGCGCCCGCGCAGGUCAGUAGGCGCCAAAUCCCGCAUCAAGGGCACCCUGCGCAUCUACCACGCCUUCAUCCGGGAGACGCGGGAGCAGAGCGAGCCGUCCAGCGGCAACAGCGACGGCGAGUGGGAGCACGUGGAGGCCUCCAAUGCCGGCGAGACCUUGUCGCAGCCGCAUCCCUUUCCCACUGGCGGCCACGACGCCCUGCCCGCUGGCUGGGAGGAGCGCCAGGAUGCCAAUGGGCGCACGUACUACGUGAACCACACGGCAAGGACGACGCAAUGGGAGCGACCUACUGUCCUAACGAGCAACAGUAGUCAGUCCACUGACCAGCUGGCCUCGGAUUUCCAGAGACGUUUUCACAUCAGCGUGGACGAAACGGAGUCAGGACGUUCGGCGGACACCAUCAGUCGGAAUAGUUUAGAGGACAAUAACAAUGUUGCUGGCUUAGCAACGACCCCAGCAUCAACGGCGUCCACCACACCCUCAACGACCACACAACCCAACACACCAGCAAACAACAAUGGGUUUGCCAUGUUGCACGGCCCAGAGGGCGUCCAGACGGACCCAACAGUGGACCAUACCAGGCAGCCCGAGAUAUCGGCGACCAGCCUGCAGAACGACCUGCGGCCGGUGCGCGAGGCGCCCGGGGUGCCGGAUGUGGCCAUGACCAAUCUGCUGACGCGGCGGGCCGCGGGCAACAUGGCCGACGGCCUGGGACGGCAGCAGCAGCGGCGGCGACAGCAGAUGCAACUGCACAUCCAGCAGCAUCAGCAGCGGCAACAGCAGCUCCAGCAGCAGCAGCACCAGAAUAGAAUAUGGCUUGAUGUGGAUAACCGCCAGCCGGAGCUGCAACAUCGGGGGCCAGGACACCAGCAACUUCAGUUGCAGCAGCAACAUCAGCCAUCGAAUGAAGACACCGAUCACACAGACAGCCACAAUCCCUCCGACAUCUCAGCUCCGUCCACCCGACGCAAUUCCGAGGAAGACAACGCGGCUGUGCCCCCAAUGGAACAAAAUGCUGGUGGCGAGGAGGAGCCCCUGCCACCGCGCUGGUCCAUGCAGGUGGCCCCCAACGGCAGGACGUUCUUCAUUGACCACGCUUCCCGGCGGACCACAUGGAUUGAUCCCCGCAACGGAAGGGCCAGCCCUAUGCCAAAUCAGACGCGCCGCGUCGAGGACGACCUGGGUCCCUUGCCCGAGGGCUGGGAGGAGCGGGUGCACACCGACGGACGCGUUUUCUACAUAGAUCAUAACACGCGAACCACGCAGUGGGAGGAUCCCCGCUUGUCCAAUCCAAACAUUGCCGGACAGGCUGUGCCCUACUCCCGGGAUUACAAGCAGAAAUACGAGUAUUUCAAGAGUCAUAUUAGAAAGCCUACCAAUGUACCUAAUAAGUUUGAAAUACGUAUUCGCCGUACAUCGAUACUGGAGGAUUCUUACAGAAUCAUCAGCUCGGUAACCAAAACCGAUUUACUAAAGACUAAAUUAUGGGUGGAGUUCGAGGGGGAAACUGGGUUAGAUUACGGAGGCCUUGCUAGGGAAUGGUUCUAUCUACUAUCGAAAGAGAUGUUCAAUCCGUACUAUGGGCUCUUCGAGUACUCGGCCAUGGACAACUAUACGCUGCAGAUAAACAAUGGCAGCGGUUUGUGUAACGAGGAGCAUUUAAGUUACUUCAAAUUUAUCGGCCGCAUUGCGGGCAUGGCUGUGUAUCACGGAAAGCUGCUUGAUGCCUUCUUCAUUCGUCCAUUCUACAAGAUGAUGCUGCAGAAGCCCAUCGACCUGAAGGACAUGGAGUCCGUGGACACGGAGUACUACAACUCGCUGAUGUGGAUCAAGGAGAACGAUCCGCGCAUCUUGGAACUGACUUUCUGCCUGGAUGAGGACGUUUUCGGCCAGAAGAGCCAGCACGAACUGAAGCCGGGCGGCGCCAACAUAGACGUGACAAAUGACAACAAGGACGAAUACAUCAAACUGGUUAUUGAAUGGCGUUUUGUGGCACGUGUCAAGGAGCAGAUGUCGUCCUUCCUGGACGGCUUCGGAUCGAUUAUCCCCCUGAAUCUUAUUAAAAUAUUCGAUGAGCAUGAGCUGGAGCUGCUAAUGUGCGGCAUACAGAACAUCGAUGUGAAGGACUGGCGCGAGAAUACUCUGUACAAGGGCGACUACCACAUGAAUCACAUAAUCAUCCAGUGGUUCUGGCGGGCGGUGCUCUCGUUCUCCAACGAGAUGCGUUCGCGCCUGCUGCAGUUUGUGACGGGCACAUCGCGCGUGCCCAUGAACGGUUUCAAGGAGCUGUACGGCUCCAAUGGCCCCCAGAUGUUUACCAUCGAGAAGUGGGGCACGCCCAACAACUUUCCAAGGGCACACACCUGUUUCAACCGUCUGGACCUGCCGCCCUACGAGGGCUAUCUGCAGCUGAAGGACAAACUGAUCAAGGCCAUCGAGGGCAGUCAAGGAUUCGCUGGAGUUGAUUAAUAACACCGGCAACGGGAGUGAAAGCGAAUGGCUUUGGCUGGAGGUGCAGCAACAGUUUCAGCAGCGCCGGGAGGAGGAGCAGUUACAACGAUUCCACACAUCACAUGAACCACAAGAUCAACAACAACGACUUGAGCAGCAGCAGCAGCAGCGGCGAAAUCAGCGGCACAACCGCAACCUCAUUGCAUCCACUUGGAGCAGCACCGCCAGCAGAUCGUGUACUUAUUUGUUCGUUUGCUUUUGUAUUAUAAUCAUUUUUGCUAGUUUAGUGUUAUUUCGUAUGUAUUUUAACUAGGCGCCAAAACUCACACACAACACUUACACCUUAUACAAGCAGAUGAGAGAAGGAUUCAAAUAAAGCUGCGCAUGGUGAACCACAAAAACCUAACAAAGAGUCCAAAUUAUAUAUAAAUAUAUUUAUUACAUUGCCGACAAUUGUAAAAAGUGUAGAACAUUUUACAAACUAAGAGAGACGAGAGAGGAAUCCAACUAACUAUUAAUCUAUAGAGUCAAAAGUAUAUCUUGUAUGUAUGCAGAGAAACCUUUUUAUAAUUGUUAUUUGUAUGCGCUAUUCCUCUAUACAUGCCCACAGCAAAUACCUAAAGGCGAAAAAUUAAAAAAAAAAUGCAAGUUAAUAUUUGUAAUCUGAUGGAUGCAUAUUUUUAAACAAAUUAAAUUUUCUAUUCUGUAUAAUUGUACGUGUAUUCAAAAUAAUGAUAAUGUUAGUCCGUAAAAGUCGCUCUUUACUAUUUAAUAAAAAGACAAACAUCAAAUAUAUAUAAAAAAGAAGCCUAUAAACUAAAACCUUAAAAAUGCAAUCAAUGUAUAUUGUAAAUGUUAAUUAUAUACAGACACAUUCCAAAUGUUUAUUGCGAAGAGAAACUCUGCAAAAGGAGGCCUAUAUGAUAAUAUGAUUAUUGACCGAUCGAAAGUCAAUCAAAAUUAAAUUUUAAAGUCACAGUGUGGUAAAGAUAGCAUGGACUGGAACUUCUGAUUCAGAGCCAGAUAGGAAAGCGACAUUACGAAAAUAAUACCAAUAAAAGAGGUUAAAGUUAAGUAAUUCAAA